CUAGCACGAACGCGAAAACUCGAUGCACAUGGCUAUGGCACUUGCCGGUCGGACUUUCUGAACAGAAGUGGAUUAUUUUUUUUUUCCGAUCGCAGUUGGUUAAAAAGACCCCAGGAUGAACCUCGUCUUGGUGGGCCACCUGUGCCUCCUCCUUGACGUAUAGUACAGCGUGUUGUACAUACCAUUUCAAGCCUUUACCGAGGUGAGCCAGGUUCUACUGACAUGGUAAUAUUAAGUGAAUAGCACUGGACAGCCUUGGACCACAGGAGACACAGAGGUUUCCAAUGUCUGGUGAAGAAACUGGUUUGGGGUCUUUUGCCUCAGCACUGGCGGGGUAUUUGGGAAAAGUUGAGGAAAGAGGCUCCUCACUGGAAUCUUGCCCUUGGUGUGCCUCCAAGGGUUUGACCUCUACUCUGCAGUCCUACCGUAUCACCCUGCAUGAGUCCAUCAUCCUCUGUACAAACCGUUUGUGCCUGUUCCCUCUCGUCGACCGGCCUUUGGAACAUGUCUUGGCCAGCCUGGUUCCAGUGGCACCUGACCGAAGUGGCAAAAGGAACAACACUCUGGAAGAAGAGAAUAAAGAGCUUGUCGCACCCUCCCCAAAACGUAUGCGGACAAAUGGAGAUAACAGUCCCGUGCUACAAGGUGUCGCUGACACACUGAACAGCAGAGUAGAGCUCACAGAUUUUGAGAUUGCUGGUAGCAGCCAGCCCACAGUGCCCAAGACAGAGACUGAAGAAACAAACGUGUAUAACAAUCCUGAUUAUCCCAUUAUAGAGUUGACGGAACAGGAAUUGUUACAAAGUCGGCCAGUUGAAGCUGUAGCUGUUCUGGCAAAGGCUGCAGAGACUGCCAUUUCUACACACAGUGUUACCUCAUCAAAGGCAGUGUCUCCGAUCAAGAAGGAUGAGAGAGGAGAUAGCCUUGUUCGCACAUACUCAGACACUAGACCUGCCACUGUCGAGCCUACACUUCAUACAGCGAGACACCUAAGCUGCUCAUCAAAGGACACAUUGAGCACAAAUGGGGAUAUACCAUUGGUCUCAUCUCCUCACAAUGCUCUCGGUACCCCCACAGUGACAGAUAGGGAAGUGAGUGACAUCAAAAAUGGGCAUGCAGAGAGCCCACCUGAGGUUUUGUGCAGCCCCCACGAUCCAGACCCCAGUCAGUGCAGGUUACUGAACGAGGUGAUCAAUUCAGCCCAAAUCAGCACUUUGUCCCAGCAGCCAGGGGAGACUGAACAGACGACUAUCAACAGUCAGAUGAUCUCCUCAUUCAUAGAGGAAGUAAGGAUUAAGUCAGAGCCAGGUGAUGUGUCCCCAACUGGAAUGAGCCACAACCUGGAGAAAUGGCAAGACGAUGUCCCAUCCAAGCCGGUGAUGACAACGACUAUGUCAGAUCAGCCAGAGGACUUUGUGUCUGUCCCGUCUCAGCUGUUCUGGAGAAAUAACAACAACCUCUGCUGGCUGGACACGCUGCUAGUUGCUGUGGUGAAUUGCCAGAGCCUGAGAAGUUCCAAACCUAAAGACGAGCCCCAGCACUCAUCCGUGUGGCAACUAAUCAGAAAAUACGAUGAGGUCUGUGGUACCGUCAAGGCACACCAGCAAACUUGUACAGAUGGUGUUGUGAGGGUGUCUAACCAAGUGCUGCAAAAGGCUUACUCAGACCUGGAGAAUCUCAGGAUGUCCAUUUUCAAACUAAUGCAGCCAAAACUUCGGUGUCAUCUGGGUCAACAAGAAACGCCUGUGUUCGCAAUGCCACUCUUACUAGUAAGUGACUCUUGGGCUGAGCCUCUCUUCCAGCUGACUUAUCGCUGGGAGUUUGAGUGUGGGAACUGCAAAAGCACCACCAACGUCAAAGUUGAAAAAACUCUUCCCUCUUUCACAAAUAUUUUACCUGAUUGGCAUCCACUUCACGCCACUCAUCGUGCCCCCUGCAACUCGUGCAAGAAGAAGAAUCAGACCAGGACUAUGGUGCUGGAGAGGGUGCCGGCAGUACUAGUGCUUCACUUUAUGGAGGGGCUGCCGGACAACGACGUCAGAAUCUACUCCUUCAACUUCCAGGGAAGACGGUAUUCGGUCACCACCGUCAUACAGUUUGAUCAACAGCUCAAGCACUUUGUCACAUGGAUCCGUAAAUCUAAUGGAUCAUGGCUGGAAUUUGAUGACUUAAAGCACCCGGCCUGUGCCACCCAUACAAAGCUUCCAGUUCCUGCUCAGGACAUGCACAUUGUCUUCUGGGAAAUGGAAACGAACGAGCAGCGCCAUGUAUGUUCUCCGACAACCACAGUGCCGGACCCACCCCCACCCGAGAAUGAAUUGAACUGUCAGUUCAGCAAAAAAUUAGGAACAGAUGAACCACUUGUUCUCUCACCAGACCAGUCCCCUCUCAUCUCGCACAGCGAUACAGAUAUCGUCAGCACUCUGGCGGUGUCGGACGAGGUCGUGGACACAACCGUGACGGCAGGCGUCAACACAUCCAUAGGUUGCAAUACGCUGCUCGAAAUGUUUGAGGGCCUCACCCACAACGAUACUGUUACACUAACACUGGUAGAGGUCAAAGUAGGCUCAGAAGGGAGGCCUUUGGCUGAUAGUAAACAAACUCUUGAUUUGAGUCCUACCAACAAUGAGUCUUCCAUUGUACCAGAUACUUCCUCAACUGUAAUAACUAGCAAGACGCCUUAUGAUGAUGCCUUAGGUGAUCCCUCUUUGUCUGUAUCCGAAAUAGUGGAUGGCUCACCCAGCAAUCCUACAUUUGCUCCCAUUCCCAGGAGAGGAAGAACACAAAGAAAAGAAGAAAAGCAAACAACACAAAAGGGAAAAAAGGCACUGGAGAAGGCAGCCCCCGUUUCAUCAGAAAACGUGACUGUCAAGCAGUCAAAAACGAAAUUUCCUGCACUGGUGAGUGGUACCAUUCAAGCUUACAAUGCACCACCUGUUGAAAUUGCUCAGCAGGCCUCUUCUGUGUCUUCUACCAAACCGUCACAACCUCCAGUCUCUCCCAAGAGUCCUAAGCCACAGCCAUCCAUUGACCCUAGUAUACACUGCACAUUACUGUUGGACAGAGGUCCUCCUCCCCAAGUCCACUCAUCUGUCGCCAAGCUUUCUCCUACCCCCAACACUGUGUCCUAUGUCAAACCCAUCAUUCCCACCCACUCAACACCAAAUCUGGUGAAGAGAAAGCCACCCUCUGUGGGACAAUUUCCAAAAACCCAACUGAGGAGAGAAGACUGCGAGGCCUUACCGCUGAAAACUGCAGAGAUGUAUGGUGCGUUCAGUUCAGCAAGCAAAAGGACCUCAACUCCUCCUUGUGCUUCAUCUCUCUCCCAGUUGCCUCUGAAGGCCCUCUGCACCAGCAAAUCAAAGGUGUCUAAGCCUGAUGCAGCCAUGUCCCACUCCCAAGUGAAAACAUCACUUCCUCCCUUUGGAGCGAAGGAGGUCCCUAAAAUACCCCCCUCCAAUAAACACAACAGCGUCUCCUCAAAGGUUCCUCCCUCUCUCAGCGAUACCGAAGCUCUCCGGCACAAGCUCUUAAAGAAACUGAAGAUGAAGAAGAAAAAGCUCAACAAGCUAAAUAAGCUACUGAGUCACCAGAAGGCCAGACCUGAUAGUACUGAGCUGAACUCCCCCAAUUACGAUACCUCCAGUAUCUAUGGCAGCUCCACUUACGACGAACUGUUUACCGACUUUCUGUCACCAGCAACAACAACCAGCAACCUAUCGCCAGACAGCACCAGCUUACUUGAGAUGCUCACCAAUGGCCAAGAAAGUUGCGAGAACUGGGGCUAUGGAGGGCGCACCGAUGGUGUGACAUCUCAGGUGAACGUGGAUGGCUCUUUGAAAACCGAAGACAAUUUCCUGGAGGACUUUAUUUCUGGAGUCGCCGCUCAGCAACAGACUGAGACAGAGAGAGAAGCACUCAGUGGGCUUGACCUUUUCUUUUAGAGUAUAGAACGAAUGAACUGGUAAGGUGUAAACACAAAUUCGCAUGUGCUGUCCUUGGCGCUAUGGAGGGAAUUAUGCAAUUUUGACUUAUUAUGAAGAAGGCCCACUUCAUCUGCCAGUCAGAUUUGAAAGGUCAGAGCAGCAGAAUUCGGUCCAAAAUGCAGUUUGCAAGCCUAAUGCACAGAUAAAUUGCUGCAGUAUCAUAUCAAAUAGAGAACACCUUCAUAAGAAGCCCCCCUCUGAUUGACUGUUGACCUCAGUCAUGCAAUUUGUUUAGUUAAUUCUGUUUUUUCCGGAAUACAGUCGGUAUUUAGUUAAUUACUGUGUUGAGACAUCAUAUUCGAAGGUUAAUUCAAUAGAGUCAGCACUUGGCUGAAACCUUAAAGGUUACUGUCAUUCUAAAAACGUGUUGAGCAGUUUUUUUGUUUUUAUAGAUUUUGUCUUUUUAGAAACUGCUUGAUGUGCGAAACUCUAAAGAAUCGUCUUCUUCGAGGUUUUCCCCUGUUUUUCUGGGGUCACUACAGCCGAUUUCACGGUUUCCAUCAGGACCCUGCGAGGGCACAGCACCAAUGCUGACCGUUGUUAAUUGUGUAAAAUUCUAAAGAAUAAAGCGAGAAUUUUAAAUGUGAUUGAAUAAAUCAGAAUUGCCCUCGCGUGCUUGAAUGUAUAUAACAUUUUCAUUGUACAAAACGUGAGGGUAUUUUUUAAGUCUUGCAACUGAGUCAUA